GCGGAUGGAACGUAACCAAAUAUAUUUUAUUAAUUAAAAUUGUUUAUUAGAACUAUUUUAUUAACAGUUUAGAUUAAUUACACAUUUAACACUGUGAUUUAACAUACUUUAGCACAUAAAUCACCUUAAUAUUUAUAGUACGUUCUUUUUUACUUAAUAUUCAUCUGGUAUUUGUAUAAAUUUAGCCAUCAUGCACUGUAAAUGUAGAGCCGCUACUUAUCCUUUCAGUGAAAUUAAAAGGCUUAUUUUCCCAGAUAAUUUAGUACCUUGGUUUGUUAACUUUGCAGAUUAUAAGCCCUUAGAUUAUGAUUCGAAAUCCUUAACUAAUAAAGCGUGGGCGGACCCUCCAAUAGGACCCAGUUUUAAUCCAAAAUGGAACGAAUUAGACAAUAAUAUAAAUCGGAAAAGUCACAUGGGUAAUUAUGAAAUAAAAGAUGGUAGGCCGUUAAAUCCAAAAGGACGUACAGGAUUAAGAGGUCGAGGAGUCCUCGGUAGAUGGGGUCCAAAUCAUGCUGCCGAUCCCAUCGUUACCAGAUGGAAAAUGGAUGGCAAUAAACAAGUUUUAAGUUCAACUAACAAACCUAUUUUGCAAUUUUGUGCCAUACAACGGAAAGAUUGUGGACAAUGGGCUAUUCCAGGUGGUAUGGUUGAUCCAGGUGAAAAUAUAAGUCAGACACUAAAGCGGGAAUUCAUGGAGGAAGCAUUAAAUAGUUUGGAAUGUUCUGAAGAAGAAAAAAAACAAAACGAAGAAAUGCUAAAGGCCUUCUUUUCCAAAGGAACUGAAAUAUACAAAGGAUAUGUAGAUGAUCCCCGAAAUACUGAUAACGCCUGGAUUGAAACAGUAGCAGUAAAUUUUCAUGAUGAAAAUUCUUCUCUAGUAGGAAAGUUUCCUUUAAAAGCUGGUGAUGAUGCUGCAAAUGUGAGAUGGAUGGACAUUAGUGGAGAUUUAAAUUUAUAUGCUUGCCAUUUGGAUUUCAUAAAAAUUGUAACAGUAAAAUUAGGAGCUAACUGGUAGAAUUAAGACUAAAAUUAUUAAAAACAUUUAUAUUUUUCUAAAUCAUAAUUUUAUUGACUUAUUUACAAUAACCAUGUAAAAACUUAAAUUUUAUGGAAUAAUAUUAGAAAAUCACGUUAAUCUAAUAUUAUUGCCAUUAACUGUUUUCCUUUGUACUAUGAUAUGCACAACAAAAAUCAUAUAUAUAAAUAAUUUCCUAACAACUAGAGAAUUUUCAUUAUCUAUAUUCCAUUUAUUAAUUAUUUAAUAAAUAGUUUUUGUUUAUAAAUAUCUUUAUACAAUUAACCUAAUAGCUGUACAUUAAGAUUUAAUUUACAAUCUUCAAAAUUAUCUAGGGGUUAUUGUUGGAAUUUGUUAAAUUAAAAAGAAUUUCAUUAUAAUACCAUUUGGCAAGAAACUAUACAUGACAAAUGUAAAAAUGCAAUUCCUAUUUUCUGAUAUAUAAUUAAAACAAGAUGGCAGUAUUUAAUAAAUAAAUAUACAGGAUGUCUGAAAGGUCUUCAUGAAGAGUUAAUUUAUUGACAACUGGGAAAUAUUUAAAAUUUAGAGAGGGCAAUAUGUACUAAUAUGUUAAAGUUUUUUUUUAUGAUUACUAAUGUUUGUGCAGUCUUUUUGUUAGCUCAAUAGAAAAUCAUAGUUUGGUUAGUUAAACUAUUUUUGGAUAGUGUAGUAUUGAAACAAAAAAUAUAUUCUCAAACUGAAGUAUAUUUUAAUGGGAAAAAUGUAAAAUAAUAAAGCAACGCGUCUUGAGCUAGAUAUUAACAAACAUAUUUUUUAAUAACAUCUAAAAAAUCUAUACCUCAGAAGCAUACUAUGUUAAAUCACAAAACACAAUUUUGAGAAAAACGAAUUUAAAGCUUUUUUUGAAGUUAUUUCGUAAUUACUCGGUUAUUUUUAAGCCUAUGAUUCUAAUAUUUGGUAUAUAGGGCCGGCUACACGUACAAGCUUUACCACGAGCUUACCUGCGCAAAUCUGUUUGUAUCGGGAACUCGCUGUGUGUAGACGGUAAAACGGUAGCACGCACAAACCAACAAGCGCGGCCUGCGUAAACGUCGCGCUGCUAAAGAUUUUAGUUUGCGCAAACCAGUUUGUGCGGUGAUUUCAUACGUGUAGACGGUAUCAGCGAGUUCAAGGUACAGUUUUGUGACUUUUGUGGGUUUUGUGUUAUUAGUUAUCAACUCUUGUCUGAUAUUCGUACUUAUUCCAAUAAGGAGUUUAUGACGAGUUUUAUUGAAAUAUAUUGAUCGUUGCCAUGUCUAUAGCUAGAUAAAAUUGAAAGAUUAUUCCGAUAGAAACAGAAAAAAUGAGAGAAAAUGGUUUUCUAUUUAAGUCAAUUUUUACUCCACUUCGAUCUAUACCGUUUAUUUUUCUGUUUUUUCUUUAACAAUAAGCAAUAAAAAACAAUAAUUCGUCACUUGACAUUUCCACGAACGGAACCACAAAUUCAGAAUAGAAAUAAUGAUGAAUGUACGCUCUUACUUGCAUCGUGUGGACACCGCACAGUGUUUCUUCUAGUUUGCAGAACUCAGUGUUACUUAUAGUUGUUGUAUACCGAGCAGGCAAGUCGCUGUCGUGUAGCCGCCGCUUAUGACUAACUUAUUUUGAACUUAAAUGAAAAAUAAAACAGUUUAAAGUUAGUUACUAAAUUAUACCAACAUUUUUUGGUGUGACUCAAAUACGCCAAUUUUGGACUUAAUAUGGUUUGAUUCUAGAGUACAGAAUUAUAUACACAUAACAAAUUAAAAAGUUAUAGUCUGCCCAACGAGAGGAUGCAUGACAGUGACAGUUGUAUCUGUCAUUACAAUUCACAAGUAAAUAGUUUUUCUAUCCUUUUUUGGAUGUCAUCGGUCCAAAUCAUCCCAGCCUUGUUGGACAGAAUAUACAUCUAUCAAAAUGGUAUAAAUAUGUAUAAUGAUAUCAAAUUAUUGAUUCAAAUACGUGAAUGUAGAAAGUUACUAAUUGGCACAAAAAAAGUUUGUAUUUCCUGCUUUUUUUCGACAUUUAAUAGACGACAAAAUUCGAUAUUAGUCUUACACAUACCACUUCAUAAUUUGAAUCAGUUCUGAAGAGAAGAUUUUUCAGGUACCCUUUAUAUUAUUUUUAACAUAUUAUAUAUAAAGCAUAAAAUCUUCCAGAAAAAGAAAAUUCCUCCAACAAAAAACAUUACAUGUUUCUCUCAUAUCAAAACUACCCCAGCACUACCAUGCAUGUGAUAUUUGAGUUAGAUGCUACAGGGUAUUCCAAAUAAAAUAUUUCGACUAUUUAUUUUUCUCUGACAGAUAUAAAACCCGUAAAUUUAUGAACGGUUAAAAACAUUACUAUGUGAAACUUCUUACUAACAACUAUUAAACUGAAGAAGUUGAAAUUUGAAGGACGUUUUGAAAAAGAAAUAUAGGAUGUUUGAAAAAGUGUAGUUUGAAAUGUUGAAAAAUUAAAAGAAUGUUUUUACGUGUAAAAAUAGUUUUUGCCAAUGUUUCUUUGGUGUGAACAUGCCUUUAGAAUUACAAUAAAACUGUAACAUUUAUACGUUAAAA